AUGAGUGUCACGAGGCAACAACUGCUGGCUCUCUUCCUGCCAAUAAUCCUUUUCUCGCUAAGAUAUUCCCAUCAUAACCGGACCUGCCGAGGGAAUCCUUUCCAGCAUUGCGACGAUACCUCAUCUAGUCUUCGGCAUAAAGAUCUCAAUUCACAAUUGGAUUGUGCAAAUAGUUCCUAUGAAGCCCCGGAACCCUUUGACUUUUUGCACGACUUUUGCACAGAUUGCAAUCCCAUGGUGGAUCACAGCCCGGACCCGUUGGUGGCCAUGACAUGGGGACCCAACGUCGACGACCUGCAGCUUUACCGAAUAUUUGAGCCAGCUCAAGUCCAAGUGGAAGCGGUUGACGAUAAAUGUCGCGUCGAUCUUGGAAAACAAGGAUUGUCGUCAAAGGGAACAAUAUCCAUCUGGGCCAAGCAAAACUGUACAGUUCGUAUUGAUUGGGGAGUCGAGCGAGCUGCCUGGUUGGAGUUGAUUAGUCAUUCCCAGAAGAGGUCAUCAUCAGAUGAAGGUUAUGGUGACCAUUCAUUUCAGAUGCAAGCGGCAGUUUCAGAAUUCAAUCGCCCUUAUCCAGGGAAAACUAUGCCACUCGAACAGUAUGGAAAUUAUACCUAUCGAUUGGAGACCAACGCAAAUUUCUAUGAAGGAGUGCGCUAUACUUGGCUCUACAUCACUUUUCCAUCUACCAAGAAUGGUAAGGAGCAAGAUGUUGACGUACUACAGCAACAGCAACAGCAACAGCAACAACAACAGCAGCAACAACAACAACAACAACAACAACAACAACAACAACAACAACCGCGACGAAUGAAACACACACAGAAUCAGGAGCCAAACGAACUGAUAGAAGUAGUAUCCAGUAUAUCACUGGUGGCCAAAGUCAAGCCCGUCAAUUACACCGGUUUCUUCGCCUCAUCCAAUACCGAGCUAACAAAGGCUUGGUACACUGGAGCCUACGGGGUUCGAUUGAAUAUGGACCAAGAUUACUUCAACUCCAUCUUGAUUGAGCGUGGCGAUCGAGUGGCCAUUCAGGGAGAUGGGCAUCCGACGAUUGAUGCAGCACUCGUCGCCUUUUCACCCUACCAGUUGGUGGCAAAUGUUUUGAACCAAACGGAUUCGGGGAAUCAUCCAGUGGUGGAUCAACAAAUCAUGGCCUAUCCACUCUAUUGGUCCUUGAGUGCCAUUCACUACUACAUGGCAAGUGGCGACCAAGACACUUUUGAUCGUCUCAUACCCGAUAUUGCCAAGAUCUUGGAUGCGCGGAUACAAGACUAUUUGCAACCCGACUUGGAUAUGGGGUGGAUGGGAUGGGAUGAUCGAAUUGGAAACGGUUGGUGUUUUCAUGCACGCAACGAUAAGUGCCCUCGGGAAGCCCACCUCGCGUUUGCAGGACUGGUGGCAAUGGUGUGCCAGCACUUUUAUCAGUCUUUGCUUUUGUCAAGGAACCAGCCGUUCCUGACACAAAAGUACCUUGGACUCUAUCAUCGUCUUGGGCCAAAGCUAGUGCAGGUACCAGAAUGGCCAUCCAAAUUGGGAGUUCAUGCAGCCGCCAAUGCCAUCAACAGUGGCUUUGCAUCCUCCAGCGAUAUUGAAUCAUGGAUGAAUACUGUACUCAAUGAUGCCGUGACAAUUUGUUCCUUUUCCCAAUUCAAUCAAUACUGGAUUCUGCAAGCACUUGGAAAUGCUGGCUACAUGGAACAUGCGCUGGCAUCCAUUCGGCUCUGUUGGUCCGCUCCGAUGGCACUGGACAAAGGAUGCUUUUGGGAACAAUCGUCGCCUGAUUGGAAGACGUUCAUGAAGGAUGGGGAUGUUGCACCUACCAUGCCGUCGUAUUGUCAUCCAUGGUCGUCGGGUGUCACAGCAUGGCUUUCGCAUGUUUUGGGCGGGAUUCGGCCUCUGCAGCCAGGCUACCAACGUUUUCUUGCCGCUCCCUAUUUGUCGCAGAGUUACCCUUCGGUUGCGGCUACGAUCGAUACACCCACAGGUCCAAUUGCCGUCAACGCAACGCUUCGGGAAGUCAAGGUGGAUGGGUCAUGGAGUUACAACGCUGUAUUGACGAAUCCACCAACCCUUCAUGGAUAUUUCGGAAUCCCAACGUCGAUUCUUUCUUCUAGCAAUCGUCCAGUAGCACAAGUGAGCAAAGUCCAAGUGAAUGGAAAAGAUGCAACCUUGCUCAAUGCGACCUUUAUCAGGAACAGCAAGGGUUUCUUCCCGCUACGAGGACAAGCUAACAACAACAGCAGUAUGGGUCUCUUGUCGCUAUUCGACAAGUUUCAGUACAUUCCAAUUCCAAAGACGACGGAUCGAGGAGGAGUCUCACGAGUCGUUCUUGCAGCAACCUAUCUAUCCACCACCAAUAGUGAUAUUGAAAGUCAACGACUACGACAAGAAUCCGAGUCCUUUUCCAAAUAUGCUCCCUUUCCAGAGCCAUCCUAUCCUGCAUCCAUUGUAAGAGUCGAUCGUACGAGUGGUGGAGAUGGAAUCUACAAGUAUGGCAGGGAUGGAUAUUUGUUGCUGGGGUGCAACCACAAUCAGAACGGCAUGAAUGCUACUGACGAGGCAUCGUCAGAUGUCUUGAAAUUGCCAAGCUACAUUCGCAAUGCGACGGUCCUCCAACAUGGAUACCCUGGUUGGAUCGAACCUUCUCGCGAGUUUGUUAUCGACCACGAUGCACAUGAUACCAAAGCCUAUUUGCCCGAGUGCAUGCCUGGGAAAAGAUCUCUUGGUCGAGUUGGAGUGGAUGGUAUUGGUGGAGAACAGCCAGAUUUGAAUAGCAUUUUGAUUCACGUCGAGGUAGCCGAUACUGAUGGAGAGGUAGAAGGGGGUGCUGAUCCAGUUCAGGUCUCCUUGUACUUUGUGGCCAAGACCAAGAGCGAUAAAUUUGCCAUUCAAGUAAUGGACUUGGAGAGUUUGAACAAUAUUGCACAGACGACGGCAAUGGACGAUUACAAAGGCGGAGUUUGGUGGACGGUGCAGUAUGACAAAUCCAUGCGGUUGCGACUGUCGAACAUGCAAGGUUUGCACCUCUCGGGUAUUGGAUUUUCGAGAAGAACUGGAGGUGCUACAGAUAGAACUAUAAUAAGAUGA